AUGAGAGCGCUCGCUUCGUCCAUGGGCAUCACGAGAGUGCUGUUGAGGCGACGGUUGGCGAAACUACGGAGUACUAUCAUUCAAAGGGAAGAGGAACGUUGUGCCGCAACAACCAUGGGCACAGAAGCUGCAAUCGAGUCGGGUAAAGAGGAGGAAGAGGAGGAAGAGGAGGAAGAGGAGGAGGAGGAGGAGGAGGAGGAGGAGGAGGAGGAGGGAGGGGAGGAGGGGAGGAGGGGAGGAGGAGGACGACGACGACGACGACGACGACGACGACGAAGAAAGCGAGGAGUCGGGCAAAGAGGAGAAUGA